AUGUCUCGGGAGCAGCUGGUGGUAGAGAGGGCAAGGAGGGCCUUUCAGACCGGUAAGUCGAAACCCCUGAAGUUCAGAGUUCACCAGCUUAAGAGCCUGCACCGAUUCAUCACAGAGAGACGCAAGGACAUUGCAGACGCUGUCAAGAAGGACCUCAACAAGGUGAGUGUUGAGGUGCGUCCCAAACGACAAUCAAUACCCUUUAUAGUGCACUACUUUUGACCAGAGGCCAUAGGCUCCGGUCAAAAGUAGUGCACUAUAAAGGGAAUAGGGUGCCAUUUGGGACAUACGUUUAAUUUACAAUUUACGUAAAGGUAUCCUUUAAGGGGGUUGUAAAGGGUUUAUAAGUAGUUUUUAGAAUAAAUUAAUAUGUCGUCUGGAAAUCUAAUUAUAACCCACUUAUAACUAUGUGUUAGCCUACUGUAGAGGACUCUGUGACAAUGUUUUUGUAAAAAUGGCUAUAUAAAUAUGACUGUCUGACUGAUUGGUGCAUUGGUGUGUGUCCUGAUCCUGCUGCAGUCUGAACACAGCACAGAGCUAUUUGAGACACUGGGUCUGGAAGGGGAGAUCAACGUGGCUGUGGAGAGGUUAGCAGACUGGGCUGCCCCUCGGCCUGUAGAGAAGAGCCCCCUCACCAUCUUAGACGAGGUAAGACAAGAUAAACAUCUAGGGGUCCCAAAUGGCAGCUUAUUCCCUACAUUGUGCACUGCUUGUGACCAUAGGACCUUAUUGUCUGUUUCCACCUAAAUGUAUUUGCGUCAUUAAAUCUCAUUACAGGACAUAAAAUACAACACAGAACAUAUGAAGGACAGGGGAUCAUAGAUUAAAAACAUAGUGUACAUCUUGUCACAGGUGUACAUCCAGCCGGAGCCCCUGGGAGUGGUCCUCAUCAUCGGGGCCUGGAACUACCCCUGGGCAGUGACCCUCCAGCCCCUGGUCGGGGCCAUCGCCGCUGGUACUGUAGUAGAAAACGCAAUGGAGGUGGUUCUGUGUGUAAACAAUGCUCGCGUGAUGAAUAACCUUGCCUGAGACUUGGAGACUUGUGUUAGCUCCCCGAGGUAAUGCCUAGGCUUUACCUCAGCAGGCUAACAUUGAGCUAACACAGUCUUGAAACGUUGUUAUGAUUACACAUUCACUGUCUAAUACUAUCUCUCUUCUGCCUCCCUCCAUCCCUCCAUCCCUCCAUCCCUCUAUCCAUCCCUCCCAUCUCUCCAUCCCUCUAUCCAUCUCUCAUCCCUCUAUCCAUCCCGCCAUCCCUCCAUCCCUCUAUCCAUUCCUCCAUCCCUCUAUCCCUCUCUCCAUCCCUCCCAUCUCUCCAUCCCUCCAUCUCUCCAUCCCUCCAUCCAUCCCUCCCAUCUCUCCAUCCCUCCCAUCUCUCCAUCUCUCCAUCCCUCCAUCCAUCCCUCCCAUCUCUCCAUCCCUCCAUCCAUCCCUCCCAUCUCUCCAUCUCUCCAUCCCUCCAUCCAUCCCUCCCAUCUCUCAUCUCUCCAUCCCUCCCAUCUUUCCAUUCCUCCAUCUCUCCAUCCCUCCCAUCUCUCCAUCCCUCCAUCCAUCCAUCCCAUCUCUCCAUCUCUCCAUCCCUCCCAUCUUUCCAUUUCCUCCAUCUCUCCAUCCCUCCCAUCUCUCCAUCCCUCCAUCCAUCCCUCCCAUCUCUCCAUCUCUCCAUCCCUCCCAUCUUUCCAUUCCUCCAUCUCUCCAUCCCUCCCAUCUCUCCAUCCCUCCAUCCAUCCCUCCCAUCUCUCCAUCCCUCCCAUCUCUCCAUCUCUCCAUCCCUCCCAUCUUUCCACUCCCUCCAUCUCUCCAUCCCUCCCAUCUCUCCAUCCCUCCCAUCUCUCCAUCCCUCCCAUCUCUCCAUCCCUCCCACUCUCUCCAUCCCUCCCACUCCCAUCCUCCUCUCCACUCUCCAUCCCUCCCAUCUCUCCAUCUCCUCCCAUCCUCCAUCCCUCCAUCUCCCAUCCCUCCCAUUCUCUCCCAUCCCUCCCACUCUCCAUCCCUCCCUCCCCAUCUCUCCAUCCCCCAUCUCUCCAUCCCUCCCAUCUCUCCAUCCCUCCCAUCUCUCCAUCCCUCCAUCUCUCCAUCCCUCUCCAUCUCCUCCAUCCUCCAUCUCCUCCCAUCUCUCCAUCUCUCCCUCCCAUCCUCUCCAUCCAUCCCUCCCAUCUCUCCAUCCCCUCCCAUCUCUCCAUCCCUCAUCCCCAUCCCUCCAUCUCUCCCAUCCCUCCCAUCUCCUCCCAUCCCUCCCUCCUCCACCCUCCUCCAUCUCUCCAUCAUCCCUCCAUCCUCCCAUCCUCCCAUCUCCCAUCCCUCCCAUCUCUCCAUCCCUCCACAUCUCUCCAUCCCUCCAUCUCCCAUCUCUCCAUCCCUCCCAUCUCUCCAUCCCUCCCAUCCUCCUCCCACUCCAUCUACCCCAUCCCUCCCAUCUCCCAUCUCUCCAUCUCUCCAUCCCUCCCAUCUCUCCAUCCCUCCCAUCUCUCCAUCCUCCAUCCUCCCAUCUCUCCAUCCCUCCCAUCCAUCCCUCCAUCCUCCACCUCCAUCUCUCCAUCCCUCCCAUCCUCCCACCCAUCUCCAUCCCUCCCAUCUCUCCAUCCCUCCCAUCUCCCACUUCCAUCCCUCCCAUCCUCCACUCAUCCCUCCAUCUCUCUCCAUCCUCCAUCUCUCCCUCCUCUCCCAUCCUCAUCCAUCUCCCAUCUCUACCUCAUCUCCAUCUCUCCAUCCCUCCCAUCUCUCCAUCCCUCCCAUUCCUCUCCUCCAUCUCUCCCUCUCAUCCUCCCAUCUCUCCAUCCCUCCCAUCCCAUCCUCCAUCCUCCAUCCUCUCACUCCACUCCAUCUCUCCAUCCCUCCCAUCUCUCUUCUCUCCAUCUCUCCACUCCAUCCCUCCCAUCCUCAUCCAUCCCUCCCAUCUCUCCAUCCCUCCCAUCCUCCAUCCUCCCUCCCAUCUCCUCCAUCCCUCCAUCUCCAUCUUCCAUCUCUCCAUCCUCCCAUCUCUCCAUCCUCCAUCUCUCCUCUCUCUCCAUCCUCUCCAUCUCUCCAUCCCUCCCUCUCUCCAUCCCCUCUCUCCAUCUCUUCCAUCCUCCAUCUCUUGCUCAUCCUCUCAUCUCUCAUCCAUGUCUGCUCCCUCUCUACCUGACAUCACUUCCUCUCAUCCAUCCAUUAUCCUUCACCUCCAUCUUCAUCCCUCCCGACUUUCCACAUGCACCUCAUCUCUCCCUCUCCAACUCUCCCACCUCUCUACCAACUGCUAAACGUCCCUCUUUCCCAUUAUUCCGAUCCCUCCCUCCCCCACUCCUCCCUCCUCCUCCAUCAUCUUCCCCAUCUUCAUACUCCUCUUCCACUCCCAUCUCCCAUCUCACAUCCCUGCUGCUACUUAACCAUCCUGCCCACCUCAUAUCUCCCCUCUACCUCCUCACUUCUACCUUCAAUCCCAUAUCGUCUCACUUAAUGCUGAACUAUCCCUGACUUCUCCUCUUUAAUCGUUCUUAUCUUUAAUCUCUUGUUGCACCGAUUUCAUCAGAAUCAUGUGCUCCCCUUCUCUGCAUUGAAUAACUUAUGUUUCAUAUUCAAAUAGUUGAUUUUCUCAUAUCUACACACAUACCCCAUAAUACUUACUUAAAGUUUGACUAAAUUCUCUAUCUAUUCGGGUCAGCUCUCAUUCAGCCAAGGUCAUGGAGGAUCUGCUCCCUCUCUACCUGGACAAGGUCACUUCGCUAACGUCAAAUCCCUAUCAGAUGCAUGUUUAUUCCUUUACAGCGCCUUCGGAAAGUAUUCAUACCCCUCGACUUAUUCCACAUUUAUGGCAAGCGGUGCAUCAAGUCUGACACCAACAUGCUCCUGAAUAGCUACUAUCCCCAAGCCAUAAGACUACUAAAUAACUAGCUAGAUAGGUAACAAAAUGGCUACACGGACUAUCUGAGUUGACCCUUGUAUUUUAUUUUGCGCUGUCUCUAUGCACACUCACAGUUCCCUACACACUCACACACACUGUCACUCCAACACACACAUAAACACUCACUCCAUCAUUUGCUCACACACACAUAAUAUUUACAUACAUUUGUACUGACUCUAGAUGCACACACACCCACUCACAUACAAUCAUCACAUACGCUGCUGCUACUCUGUUUAUUAUAUAUCCUGAUGCCUAGUCACCUUACCCCUAUACAUAUCUACCUCCAUCACUCCAGUAUCCCUGUCCCCUUACCCCUAUACAUAUCUACCUCUAUCACUCCAGUAUCCCUGCACAUUGUUAAUAUGGGACUGGAACUGACUGACCCUGUACAUAGUAUGCGUACUUACUUUAUCGUGUUCUUAUAUCUUAUUUUAAUAUCUCUUGUGUUUUUGUUCUACCUUGUUAUUUUUAGUAUUACGUUGAUAUUGAUUACUGCAUUGUUGGGUUUGGAGCUUGCAAGAAAGGCAGCACUGUUCUUGUGCACGUGACAUUGAAACUUGAAACAUUUUGUUGUUACAGCCUGAAUUCAAAAUGGAUUAAAUAUGAUUUUUUUCUCACCUAUCUACACACAAUACCCCAUAAUGACAAAGUGAAAACAUGUUUUUAGAAAAUGUAUUGAAAAUGAAAUACAUAAAUAUCUCAUUUACAUAAGUAUUCACACCCCUGAGUCAAUACUUUGUAGAAGCACCUUUAACAGUGAUUACAGUCUUUCUAGGUUAGUCUCUAAGAGCUUUCUACACCUGGAUAGUGCAACAUUUGCCUAUUAUUAAUUUCAGAAUACUUCAAGCUCUGUCAAAUUGGUUGUUGAUCAUUGCUAGACAACCAUUUUCAGGUCCUGCCAUAGAUUUUCAAAUAUAUUUAAGUCAAAACUGUAACUUGCCCACUCAGGAACAUUCACUGUCUUCUUGGUAAGCAACUCCAGUGUAUAUUUGGCCUUGUGUUUUAGGUUAUUGUCCUGCUGAAAGGUGAAUUAAUCUCCCAGUGUCUGGUGGAAAGCAGACUGAACCAGGUUUUCCUCUAGGAUUUUGCCUGUGCUUAGCUCUAUUCAGUUUAUUUUUUAUCCUGAAAAAUUCCCCAGUCCUUAACGAUUACAAACAUACCCACAACAUGAUGCAGCCACCACUAUGCUUGAAAAUAUGGACAGUGGUACUGAGUAAUGUGUUGUAUUGGAUUUGCCCCAAACAUAACACUUUGUAUUCAGGACAAAAAGUUAAUUGCUUUGCCAUAUUUUUUGCAGUAUUACUUUAGUGCCUUGUAGCAAACAGGAUGCAUUUUUUGGAACAGUCUUCCUUCUUUUCACUCUGUCAAUUAAUUUAGUAUUGUGGAGUAACUACAAUGUUGUUGAUCCAUCCUCAGUUUUCUCCUAUCACAGCCAUUCAGCUCUGUAACUGUUUUAAAAUCCCCAUUGGUCUCAUGGUGAAAUCCCAGAGCGGUUUCCUUCCUCUCCGGCAACUGAGUUAGGAAGGACGCCUGUAUCUUUGUAGUGACUUGGUGUAUUGAUACACCAUCCAAAGUGUAAUUAAUAACUUCAUCAUGCCAAUAGGUGCCGUUCUUUGCGAGGUAUUGGAAAACCUCCCUGGUCUUUGUGGUUUAACCUGUGUUUGAAAUUCAGUGCUCGAAUGUGGGACUUUACAGAUAAUUGUAUGUGUGGGGUACAGAGAUGAGGUAGUCAUUCAAAAAACAUGUUAAACACUAUUGUUGCACACAGAGUGAGUCCAUGCAACUUAUUAUGUGACUUGUUAAGCAAAGUUUUACUCCUGAACCUAUUUAAGCUUGCCAUAACAAAAGGGGUUGAAUACUUAUUGACUCAAGACAUUUCAGCUUUUCAUUUGAAUGAAUUAGUAGAAAUUUAGAAAAACAUAAUUCCACUUUGACAUUAUGGGGUAUUGUGUGUAGGCCAGUGACACAAAAUCUCAAUUUAAUCCAUUAUAAAUUCAGGCUGUACCACAACAAAAUGUGGAAAAAGUCAAGGGGUGUGAAUACUUUCUGAAGGCUUCUCACUUCAAUCCCUCUUGUGUCGUAGGCUGCUCUUGAUGCUGAGAGGGCACUGAAGUGUUCUUGUUUGUGUGAGUGCGCAUGCAUAUGUGCAUGUGUGUUUACAUGUCUGCCCCCCUCCUCCCCAGGAGCUGUACCCUGUAGUGUGUGGGGGCGUGUCAGAGACCCAGGAGUUGCUGCGUCAGCGUUUCGACCACGUCUUCUACACAGGGAACAGCACUGUGGGUAAACUGGUGAUGGAGGCCGCCGCCCGACACCUCACCCCUGUGACCCUGGAGCUGGGGGGGAAGAGCCCCUGUUACAUUGAUAAGGACGUCGACCUCACCGUGGCAUGCCGGUCAGUGGCAGACUGGCCCCAUAUUCCUUGAGAGAUAUUCAAUCUGUGUAAUUUUGUCCAUUCCCUGGUCAUCCAAAAUCUUGGAAAUAGUAUUUUGUGGGCAGCAUCACUGCAACAGCUCAAGGACUGUUUCAUACUUUACUCAGAGGAGAACAGCUCAAGGACUGUUUCAUACUUUACUCAGAUGAGAACAGCUCAAGGACUGGUUCAUACUUUACUCAGAUGAGAACAGCUCAAGGACUGUUUCAUACUUUACUCAGAUGAGAACAGCUCAAGGACUGUUUCAUACUUUACUCAGAUGAGAACAGCUCAAGGACUGUUUCAUACUUUACUCAGAUGAGAACAGCUCAAGGACUGUUUCAUACUUUACUCAGAUGAGAACAGCUCAAGGAUUGUUUCAUACUUUACUCAGAGGAGAACAGCUCAAGGACUGUUUCAUACUUUACUCAGAGGAGAACAGCUCAAGGACUGUUUCAUACUUUACUCAGAUGAGAAUAGCUCAAGGACUGUUUCAUACUUUACUCAGAUGAGAACAGCUCAAGGACUGUUUCAUACUUUACUCAGAGGAGAACAGCUCAAGGACUGUUUCAUACUUUACUCAGAGGAGAAGCACAUUAUGCCUCUGUGUUUCCACAGGCGUAUCACAUGGGGGAAGUUUGUGAAUUGUGGUCAGACGUGCAUCGCUCCAGACUACAUCCUGUGUGAACCCAGCAUCCAGGACAGAGUGGUGGAAGAGAUCAGGAAAUGCAUCACGGUAUAGUCUGCAUGUACAGUAGAGAUUAUACGAAUUAGUUGAAUAAGCAUAGAAUUACAGAAUGGGUCCUGCAUAUACAGUAGUCUGGAAUCCAGACCUGUUUAACAUUCCACAAUUGGUUUGGCAUAUGACCCAGCACACAAGGAGUGGUAUGUUAGCACAGAACCACUCAUACAGUACCUUUAUGAAGCAACGCUACCAUCCACUAAGAUCUAUGUCACGUCUGUUCUUGACUUAGAAGUACAGUGCCUGUAGAAAGUCUACACCCCCUUGAACUUUUAGUUUCUCCAACACAUCUACACAACCUACUCCACAUUUUCAAAGUGAAAGAAAGUUAUAGAAGGUUUUCCACAAAAAAAAAAAAAAAAAAACUGAAAUACACUGCUCAAAAAAAUAAAGGGAACAAUAAAAUAACACACCCUAGAUCUGAAUGAAUGAAAUAAUCUUAUUAAAUACUUUUUUCUUUACAUAGUUGAAUGUGCUGACAACAAAAUCACACAAAAAUUAUCAAUGGAAAUCAAAUUUAUCAACCCAUGGAGGUCUGGAUUUGGAGUCACACUCAAAAUUAAAGUGGAAAACCACACUACAGGCUGAUCCAACUUUGAUGUAAUGUCCUUAAAACAAGUCAAAAUUAGGCUCAGUAGUGUGUGUGGCCUCCACGUGCCUGUAUGACCUCCCUACAACGCCUGGGCAUGCUCCUGAUGAGGUGGCGGAUGGUCUCCUGAGGGAUCUCCUCCCAGACCUGGACUAAAGCGAGACAUGAUGUCCCAGAUGUGCUCAAUUGGAUUCAGGUCUGGGGAACGGGCGGGCCAGUCCAUAGCAUCAAUGCCUUCCUCUUGCAGGAACUGCUGACACACUCCAGCCACAUGAGGUCUAGCAUUGUCUUGCAUUAGGAGGAACCCAGGGCCAACCGCACCAGCAUAUGGUCUCACAAGGGGUCUGAGGAUCUCAUCUCGGUACCUAAAGGCAGUCAGGCUACCUCUGACGAGCACAUGGAGGGCUGUGCGGCCCCCCAAAGAAAUGCCACCCCACACCAUGACUGACCCACCGCCAAACCGGUCAUGCUGGAGGAUGUUGCAGGCAGCAGAACGUUCUCCACGGCGUCUCCAGACUCUGUCACGUCUGUCACAUGUGCUCAGUGUGAACCUGCUUUCAUCUGUGAAGAGCACAGGGCGCCAGUGGCGAAUUUGCCAAUCUUGGUGUUCUCUGGCAAAUGCCAAACGUCCUGCACGGUGUUGGGCUGUAAGCACAACCCCCACCUGUGGACGUCUGGCCCUCAUACCACCCUCAUGGAGUCUGUUUCUGACCGUUUGAGCAGACACAUGCACAUUUGUGGCCUGCUGGAGGUCAUUUUGCAGGGCUCUGGCAGUGCUCCUCCUGCUCCUCCUUGCACAAAGGCGGAGGUAGCGUUCCUGCUGCUGGGUUGUUGCCCUCCUACGGCCUCCUCCACGUCUCCUGAUGUACUGGCCUGUCUGCUGGUAGCGCCUCCAUGCUCUGGACACUACGCUGACAGACACAGCAAACCUUCUUGCCACAGCUCGCAUUGAUGUGCCAUCCUGGAUGAGCUGCACUACCUGAGCCACUUGUGUGGGUUGUAGACUCCGUUUCAUGCUACCACUAGAGUGAAAGCACUGCCAGCAUUCAAAAGUGACCAAAACAUCAGCCAGGAAGCAUAGGAACUGAGAAGUGGUCUGUGGUCACCACCUGCAGAACCAGUCCUUUAUUGGGGGGUGUCUUGCUAAUUGCCUAUAAUUUCCACCUGUUGUCUAUUCCAUUUGCACAACAGCAUGUGACAUUUAUUGUCAAUCAGUGUUGCUUCCUAAGUGGACAGUUUGAUUUCACAGAAGUGUGAUUGACUUGGAGUUACAUUGUGUUGUUUAAGUGUUCCCUUUAUUUUUUGAGCAGUGUAUAAUAAUUAGAUAAAUCCAGCCCCCUGAGUUAAUACUUGGUGGAAGCGCCUUUGGCAGCCAUUAAAGCUGUGAAUAAUUUUGAUUAAGAUUCUACCAACUUUUCACAACUCUUAUGCCUUCGGAAAGUAUUCAGACCCCUUGACUUUUUCCACAUUUUGUUAGGUUACAGCCUUAUUCUAAAAUUGAUUAAACCGUUUUUUUCCUCAUCAAUCUACACACAAUACCCCAUAAUGACUAAGCAAAAGCAGGUUUGUAUAAUUUUUUGCUAAUUUAUAAAAAAUCUAAAACAGAAAUAUCACAGUAUUCAGACCCUUUACUCAGUACUUUGUUGAAGCACCUUUGGCGGCAAUUACAGCCUUGAGUCUUCUUGGGUAUGACGCUACAAGCUUGGCACACCUGUAUUUGGGGAGUUUCUCCCAUUCUACUCUGCAGAUCCUCUCAAGCUCUGUCAGGUUGGAUAGGGAGCGUCGCUGCACAGCUAUUUUCAGGUCUCUCCAGAGAUGUUAGAUCGGGUUCAAGUCUGGGCUCUAGCUGGGCCACUCAAGGACAUUCAGAGACUUGUCCCGAAGCCACUCCUGCGUUGUCUUGGCUGUGUGCUUAGGGUUGUUGUCCUGUUAGAAGGUGAACCGUCGCCCCAGUCUGAGUUCCUGACUAGUCUCCCAGUCCCUGCCGCUGAAAAACACCCCCACAGCAUGAUGCUGCCACAACCAUGGUUCACCGUAGGGAUGGUGCCAGGUUUCCUCCAGACGUGACGCUUGGCAUUCAGGCCAAAGAGUUUAAUCUUGAUUUCAUCAGACCAAAGAAUCUUGUUUCUCAUGGUCAGAGUCCUUUAGGUGCCUUUUGGCAAACUCCAAGCGGGGAGUGGCUUCCGUCUGGACACUCUACCAUAAAGGCCUGAUUGCUGGAGUGCUGCAGAGAUGGUUGUCCUUCUGGAAGGUUCUUCCAUCUCCAAAGAGAAACUCUACAGCUCUGUCAGAGUGACCAUUGGGUUCUUGGUCACCUCCCUGACCAAGGCCCUUCUCCCCCCCGAUUGCUCAGAUUCGCUGGGCGGCCAGCUCUAGGAAGAGUCUUGGUGGUUCCAAAUUUCUUCCAUUUAAUAAUGAUCGAGGCCACUGUGUUCUUGGGGACCUUCAAUGCUGCAGAAUUAUUUUGGUAACCUUCCCCAGAUCUGUCAACUGUGGGACCUUAUACAGACAGGUGUGUGCCUUUCCAAAUCAAGUCCAAUCAAUUGAAUUUACCACAGGUGGACUCCAAUCAAGUUGUAGAAACAUCUCAAGCAUGAUCAAUGGAAACAGGAUGCACCUGAGCUAAAUUUCGAGUCUCAUAGCAAAGGAUCUGAAUACUUAUGUAAAUAAGGUAUUUCUGUUUUUCAUUUUUUAUAAGUUUGUAUAAAUGUCUAAAAACCUGUUUUCGCUUUGUCAUUAUGGGGUGUUGUGUGUAGAUUGCUGAGGAUUUUUAUUUUUUUUAAAUCAUUUUUAUAAUAAGGCUGUAACGUAACAAAAUGUGAAAAAAGUCAAGGGGUCUGAAUUUUUGUCAGAAGCUCAGGCUCAGUACAUUUGGUGGGGGAUCGUUGAUUGACAGCAAUAUUUAAACCUUACCAUGUGUCUGAUUUUUUAAAGCAGAUUUAAGUCAGAACUAAGACUAGACCACUCAGGAACACUCAACACUCUUUUGCAUAAACAUUUGUGUAAUUGUCCCGCAGAAAAAUACAACUCUAUCCCAGGGUUAGGUUUUCAGAAGACUGAGGUGGGUUUUCCUCUACCUUUUUACCUGGGCUUUGCUCCUUUCAUAUUUAUUUUCAUCCUGACAAACUCCCCAGUCCCUGCCAAUGACAAGCAUUUUUUACAUUUAUUUUUUAUUUAACCAUUAUUUAACUAGGCAAGUCAGUUAAGAACAAAUUCUUAUUUACAAUGACGACCUACACCGGCCAAUCCCGGACAACACUGGGCCAAUUGUGCCCAGCCAAGCAUACCCAUAACAUGACCUUGUUAUGGGUAUGAAACCUUGGCUCAAAAUCAGAGACAAGGUUUAAAUAUUGCUUUCUAUCAAUGAUCCCCAACCAAAUUUGCUGAGCCUGAGCAAUUUUGACAAAUACGAUGGAAAUGUUGCUCUAAGUGUUGUGCAAUGUAGAAUCUUAAUGAAAAUGAUUCACAGCUGUAAUGGCUGCCAAAGGUGCUUCCACCAAACAUUGGAGACUUAUUCAAUUAUGAUAUUUCAGGGGUGGGGGGGGGGGGGGGUGUUCUUAAUUUGGAAAACUUUCUAUGACUUUCUUUCACUUUGAAAAUAUGGAGUAGGCUGUGUAGAUCUGUAGGAAAAAAAGUGUUUUUAUAUUGAAUUUUAAGACAGCAGAAUGUGAAAAAAGUUAGACUUUCAAUAGGCACUGUAUAUGCAUUUUAAUGGUAAUUCACUAUUGUAUAUUUUACCUUCGGGCUGGUGUUAGGAGUUUUAUACGGAUGACCCAAAGACCUUUGAGGACUACGGACGCAUCAUUAACCAGCGCCACUUCCUGAGGGUGAUGUCACUGUUCGAGGGGAGCACUGUGGCCAUCGGAGGAGACAGCGACCAAUCACAAUGCUAUAUAGGUACGUUAAAAAAAUACAUGUAUAUAAAAAUAGGACCAAACACAACAAGAGAGACACCACAACACUACAUAAAGAGAGACACCACAACACUACAUAAAGAGAGACACCACAACACUACAUAGAGACACCACAACACUACAUAAAGAGAGACACCACAACACUACAUAGAGACACCACAACACUACAUAAAGAGAGACACCACAACACUACAUAAAGACACCACAACACUACAUAAAGAGACACCACAACACUACAUAAAGAGACACCACAACACUACAUAAAGAGAGACGCCACAACACUACAUAAAGAGAGACACCACAACACUACAUAAAGAGAGACACCACAACACUACAUAAAGAGAGACACCACAACACUACAUAAAGAGACACCACAACACUACAUAAAGAGAGACGCCACAACACUACAUAAAGAGAGACACCACAACACUACAUAAAGAGAGACCUUAGACAACAACAUAGCAUGGCAGCAACCCAACAUGAAAACAACAUGGUAGCAAUCCAACAUGAAAACAACAUGGUAGCAACCCAACAUGAAAACAACAUGGUAGCAACCCAACAUGAAAACAGCAUGGUAGCAACCCAACAUGAAAACAACAUGGUAGCAACCCAACAUGAAAACAACAUGGUAGCAACCCAACAUGAAAACAGCAUGGUAGCAACACAACAUGAAAACAACAUGGUAGCAACACAACAUGAAAACAACAUGGUAGCAACCCAACAUGAAAACAACAUGGUAGCAACACAACAUGAAAACAACAUGGUAGCAACCCAACAUGAAAACAACAUGGUAGCAACCCAACAUGAAAACAGCAUGGUAGCAACACAACAUGAAAACAACAUGGUAGCAACCCAACAUGAAAACAACAUGGUAGCAACCCAACAUGAAAACAACAUGGUAGCAACCCAACAUGAAAACAGCAUGGUAGCAACACAACAUGAAAACAACAUGGUAGCAACCCAACAUGAAAACAACAUGGUAGCAACCCAACAUGAAAACAGCAUGGUAGCAACACAACAUGAAAACAACAUGGUAGCAACCCAACAUGAAAACAACAUGGUAGCAACCCAACAUGAAAACAGCAUGGUAGCAACACAACAUGAAAACAACAUGGUAGCAACCCAACAUGAAAACAACAUGGUAGCAACCCAACAUGAAAACAACAUAGUAGCAACACAACAUGAAAACAACAUGGUAGCAACCCAACAUGAAAACAACAUGGUAGCAACCCAACAUGAAAACAGCAUGGUAGCAACACAACAUGAAAACAACAUGGUAGCAACCCAACAUGUAAACAACAUGGUAGGAACCCAACAUGAAAACAACAUGGUAGCAACCCAACAUGAAAACAACAUGGUAGCAACCCGACAUGAAAACAACAUGGUAGCAACACAACAUGAAAACAGCAUGGUAGCAACACAACAUGAAAACAACAUGGUAGCAACCCGACAUGAAAACAACAUGGUAGCAACCCGACAUGAAAACAACAUGGUAGCAACCCAACAUGAAAACAACAUGGUAGCAACACAACAUGGCAGCAACACAAGACAUGGUGCAAACAUUAGAUAACAUUAGACAACAGCACAAAGGGCAAGAAGGUAGAAGGUGUGUUAUUUCUUAUGUUUCUAGUAUUCGUGAGCCUUCCCUUCCCCCCCACCUGCCCUUUGUGUCUACUCAGUGUGUGUGUUAUUGUGUUAUUUCUCAAUGUGCGUGUGUGUCCAGCCCCCACGGUGCUGAAGGACGUGACAGGGGGCUCCAAGGUGAUGCAGGAGGAGAUAUUUGGUCCCCUGCUCCCCAUCAUCACUGUUAGUGGAGUGGACGAGGCGAUACAGUUCAUCAAUGAGAGAGAGAAGCCUCUGGCACUCUACGUGUUCUCACCUGACAACAAGGUAAAGACCGUAGAAGUGAUAUUAAAGCUAAAGUCUGUAAGAUUUACAGUGUUUUUAACUAAUGAAAGAUAUCCAUAUUGAUGAAUAUGUCUUAUGACCUACACAACCAGUCAAACAGUUUGGACACACCUGCUCAUUCAAGGGUUUUUCUUUAUUUUUAAUAUUUUUUACAUUGUAGAAUAAUAGUGAAGACAUCAAAACUAUGAAAUAACACAUAUGGAAUCAUGUAGUAACCAAAAAAAGUGUUAAGCAAAUCAAAAUAUAUUUUAUAUUUCAUUCUUCAAAUAACCACCGUUUGCCUUGAUGACAGCUUUGCACGCUCUUGGCAUUCUCUCAACCAGCUUCAUGAGGUAGUCACCUGGAAUGCAUUUCAAUUUACAGGUGUGCCUUCUUAAAAGUUAAUUUGUGGAAUUUCUUUCCUUCUUAAUGCAUUUGAGCCAAUCAGUUGUGUUGUGACAAGGUAGGUGGGGUAUACAGAAGAUAGCCCUAUUUGGUAAAAUACCAAGUCCAUAUUAUGGCAAGAACAGCUCAAAUAAGCAAAGAGAAACGACAGUCCAUCAUUACUUUAAGACAGUCAAUACGGAACAUUUCAAGAACUUUGAACGUUUCUUCAAGUGCCGUCGCAAAAACAAUCAAGCGUUAUGAUGAAACUGGCUCUCAUGAGGACCUCCACAGGAAAGGAAGACCCAGAGUUACCUCUGCUGCAGAGGAUAUGUUCAUUAGCGUUACCAGCCUCAGAAAUUUCAGCCCAAAUAAAUGAUUCACAGUUCAAAUAACAGACACAUCUCAACAUCAACUAUUCAGAGGGGACUGUGUGAAUCAGGCCUUCAUGGUCGAAUUGCUGCAAAGAAACCACUACUAAAGGACACCAAUAUUAAGAAGAGACCUGCUUGGACCAAGAAACACGAGCAAUGGACAUUAGACCGGUGGAAAUGUAUGCUUUGGUCUGGAGUCCAAAUUUGAGAUUUUUGGUUCAAACCGCUGUGUCUUUGUGAGACACGGUGUGGGUGAACGGAUGAUGUCCGCACGUGUAGUUCCCACCGUGAAGCAUGGAGGAGGAGUUGUUAUGGUGUGGGGGUGCUUUGCUGGUGACACUGUCUGUGAUCUAUUUAGAAUUCAAGGCCCACUUAACCAGCAUGGCUACCAAAGCAUUCUGCAGCGAUACGCCAUCCCAUCUGGUUUGGGCUUAGUGGGACUGUCAUUUGUUUUUCAACAGGACAAUGACCCAACACACCUCCAGGCUGUGUAAGGGCUAUUUUACCAAGAAUGAGAGUGAUGGAGUGCUGCAUCAGAUGACCUGGCCUCCACAAUCCCCUGACCUCAACCCAAUUGAGAUGGUGUGAAGGAAAAGCAGCCAACAAGUGCUCAGCAUAUGUGGGAACUCCUUCAAGACUGUUGGAAAAGCAUUCCAGGUGAAGCUGGUUGAGAGAAUGCCAAGAGUGUGCAAAGCUGUCAUCAAGGUAAAGGGUGGCUAUUUGAAGAAUCUCAAAUAUAUAAUAUAUUUUGAUUUGUUUAACACUUUUUUGGUGACUACAUGAUUCCAUAUGUGUUAUUUCAUGGUUUUGAUGUCUUCACUAUUAUUCUAAAAUAGUGUCCAAACUUUUGACUGGUACUGUAGGUCAAAUACUAAGUUAGUGUUUUUCCAUCUCUCUUUCUCUCUCUCUCUCUCUCUCUCUCAAUUCAAUUUCAAUUCAAUUUAAGGGCUUUAUUGGCAUGGGAAACGUGUGUUAACAUUGCCAAAGCAAGUGAAGUAGAUAGUAAACAAAAGUGAAAUAAACAAUAAAUAUUAACAGUAAACAUUACACUCAGAAGUUUCAAAAGAAUAAAGACAUUUCAAAUGUCAUAUUAUGUAUAUAUACAGUGUUGUAACAAUGUGCAAAUAGUUAAAGUACAAAUGGGAAAAUAAAUAAAAAUAAAUAUGGGUUGUAUUUACAAUGGUGUUUGUUCUUCACUGGUUGCCCUUUUCUUGUGGCAACAGGUCACAAAUCUUGCAGCUGUGAUGGCACACUGUGGUUUUUCACCCAGUAGAUAAGGGAGUUUAUCAAAAUUGGGUUUGUUUUCGAAUUCUUUGUGGAUCGCUGUAAUCUGAGGGAAAUAUGUGUCUCUAAUAUGGUCAUACAUUUGGCAGGAGGUUAGGAAGUGCAGCUCAGUUUCCACCUCAUUUUGUGGGCAGUGUGCACAUAGCCUGUCUUCUCUUGAGAGCCAGGUCUGCCUACGGCGGCCUUUCUCAAUAGCAAGGCUAUGCUCACUGAGUCUGUACAUAGUCAAAGCUUUCCUUAAGUUUGGGUCAGUCACAGUGGUCAAGUAUUCUGCCACUGUGUACUCUCUGUUUAGGGCCAAAUAGCAUUCUAGUUUGCUCUGUUUUUUUGUUUGUUCUUUCCAAUGUGUCAAGUAAUUCUCUUUUUGUUUUCUCAUGAUUUGGUUGGGUCUAGUUGUGUUGUUGUUGUUGUUGUCCUGGGGCUGUGUGGGGUCUUUUUGUGUUUGUGAACAGAGCCCCAGGACAAGCUUACUUAGGGGACUCUUCUCCAAGUUCAUCUCUCUGUAGGUGAUGGCUUUGUUAUGGAAGGUUUGGGAAUCGCUUCCUUUUAAGUGGUUAUAGAAAUUAACGGCUCUUUUCUGGAUUUUGAUAAUUAGCGGGUAUUGGCCUAAUUCUGCUCUGCAUGCAUUAUUUGGUGUUUUACGUUGUACACAGAGGAUGUUUUUGCAGAAUUCUGCAAUUUGGUGUUUGUCCCAUUUUGUGAAUUAUUGGUUGGUGAGCGGACCCCAGACCUCAGAACCAUAAAGGGCAAUGGGUUCUAUAACUGAUUCAAGUAUUUUUAGCCAGAUCCUAAUUGGUAUGCCUCUCUCUCUCUCUCUCUCUCUCUCUCCCUCCCUCCCUCCCUCCCUCCCUCCCUCCCUCCCCCUCCCUCCCUCCCUCCCUCCCUCCCUCCCUCCCUCCCUCCCUCCCUCCCCUCCCUCCCCCUCCCUCCCUCCCUCCCUCUCCCCCUCCCUCCCCCUCCCUCCCUCCCUCCCUCCCUCUCCCCCUCCCUCCCUCCCUCCCUCCCUCUCCCCCUCCCUCCCUCCCUCCCUCCCUCCCUCCCCCCUCCCUCCCUCCCCCCCUCCCUCCCUCCCCCUCCCCCCUCCCUCCCCCCUCCCUCCCUCCCUCCCUCCCUCCCUCCCUCCCUCCCUCCCUCCCUCCCUCCCUCCCCCUCCCUCCCUCCCUCCCUCCCUCCCUCCCUCCCCCCCCUCCCUCCCUCCCUCCCCCCCUCCACCUCUAGUUGAUUAGGAGGGUGAUAGCAGAGACCUCUAGUGGGGCCCUGGUGGCCAAUGACUGUCUGGUCCACUUCACUGUCAACGCUCUCCCCUUCGGAGGGGUGGGUAAGUUAAGACUAAUACAGACACACACACGCGCACACACACACACACACACACACACACACACACACACACACAAUACUGAUAUGAUGUGUGUUCUGUGUGUGUCUUAAUAACACCCUUGUUAGUUCCUGACCUGACAUGAUUACUCACAAUAACAAAUAUAUUGAAUUUUCCCCCCACUGUCCCUCCUCUCCCUUCCCCAAGGUAACAGUGGCAUGGGGCGCUACCACGGCCAGCACGGCUUUGACCAGCUCAGCCACCUGCGUGCCUGCCUCAUUAAGAAGCUCAACAUGGAGGGUGCGAACGCCAUGCGUUACCCGCCCCACACGGCUAAGAAGCUGGGCUGGGCACGCUUCUUCCUCCUGAAGCGGGUUAACCUGGGCAGGCUCAGACCCAUGGUACUACUGGCCCUGUUCUCUGCCCUGGCUGCCUUCAUAGUACAGGUAAGAUAGAUAGAUCAUAGUACAGGUCAGAUAGAUAGAUCAUAGUACAGGUCAGAUAGAUAGAUCAUAGUACAGGUCAGAUAGAUAGAUCAUAGUACAGGUCAGAUAGAUAGACCAUAGUACAGGUCAGAUAGAUAGAUCAUAGUACAGGUCAGAUAGAUAGAUCAUAGUACAGGUCAGAUAGAUAGAUCAUAGUACAGGUCAGAUAGAUAGAUCAUAGUACAGGUCAGAUAGAUAGACCAUAGUACAGGUCAGAUAGAUAGACCAUAGUACAGGUCAGAUAGAUAGAUCAUAGUACAGGUCAGAUAGAUAGAUCAUAGUACAGGUCAGAUAGAUAGAUCAUAGUACAGGUCAGAUAGAUAGAUCAUAGUACAGGUCAGAUAGAUAGAUCAUAGUACAGGUCAGAUAGAUAGACCAUAGUACAGGUCAGAUAGAUAGACCAUAGUACAGGUCAGAUAGAUAGAUCAUAGUACAGGUCAGAUAGAUAGAUCUAGUACAGUCAGAUAGAUAGAUCAUAGUACAGGUCAGAUAGAUAGAUCAUAGUACAGGUCAGAUAGAUAGAUCAUAGUACAGGUCAGAUAGAUAGAUCAUAGUACAGGUCAGAUAGAUAGAUCAUAGUACAGGUCAGAUAGAUAGAUCAUAGUACAGGUCAGAUAGAUAGAUCAUAGUACAGGUCAUAUAGAUAGAUCAUAGUACAGGUCAGAUAGAUAGAUCAUAGUACAGGUCGAUAGAUAGACCAUAGUACGGUCAGAUAGAUAAUCAUAGUACAGGUCAGAUAGAUAGAUCAUAGUACAGGUCAGAUAGAUAGAUCAUAGUACAGGUCAGAUAGAUAGAUCAUAGUACAGGUCAGAUAGAUAGAUCAUAGUAAAGGUCAGAUAGAUAGAUCAUAGUACUACAUAGUACAGGUCAGAUAGAUAGAUCAUAGUACAGGUCAGAUAGAUAGAUCAUAGUACAGGGUCAGAUAGAUAGAUCAUAGUACAGGUCAGAUAGAUAGAUCAUAGUACAGGUCAGAUAGAUAGAUCAUAGUACAGGUCAGAUAGAUAGAUCAUAGUACAGGUCAGAUAGAUAGAUCAUAGUACAGGUCAGAUAGAUAGAUCAUAGUACAGGUCAGAUAGAUAGAUCAUAGUACAGGUCAGAUAGAUAGAUCAUAGUACAGGUCAGAUAGAUAGAUCAUAGUACAGGUCAGAUAGAUAGACCAGACUGAGUUAGCUAACAGGCCUUCCUGCUAUAGCUUUUAAUCAAUUGUUUAGAGCGCCAAUGGCAUCCUAUUCCCUAUAUAGUGUGCUACGUUUGACCAGGCCCUAGUCUAAAGUAGUGCACUAUAUAGGGAAUAGGGUGCCAUUUGGGACACAUCCCAUAAGUAGCUACUACGAAACAGUUGAGAUCACCACAAUAGAUCCCUGUCUACAGUUGAGAUCACCACAAUAGAUCCCUGUCUUAGCUCUGCUGGUCACUUCAACCCCUCCUACUGAAAUACCAUAGUGGCCUGUGCCUGGGCAGGGAGGGACUGGAGUGUCUCGAGCCAUGACUGGUUUAAUAACUAGAAGGAAGAGAGGGAGAUAUAUACUGCAUCCCAAAUGGCACACUGUUCCCUAUUUAGUGCACUACUUGUAUGCACUAUAUAGCUAAUAGGGUGCAUUCAGGAUGAAGCCAUAGCAGUUUAUUGUGUGUCACUCUAACAGACUCCUACUGUAGCUUGUUGGCUGAAUAGAGUGUUUUUCUAGCAUACGUAGUUUAUGUUGUCAACGGUUCUGUUUUCAAAUGAAAACAGUUGAGUUUAUUAAUACGAUUAAAUUAUUAUCUCAAAAAAGAAACCCAGCUGUUGUUAUUCAAUUAGCUAUUUGUGUGUCUAAAUUGCUAACUAAGUGCUUCUAUUUUGUCUCGUGAAUCCAUCCUGAAAAGUACAUUUUCACAGAGAUGGCAAGAUGCAUUAUGUGAACGUUCCCUCUCUUAACUCCCACAGCUCCAAAGACUGGUGUCCGUCCCCAAUGUCACCCUAUUCCCUACACAGUGCACUUUUGGCCAGGGCCCAUUUUGGCCAGGGCCCAUAGAGCUCUGCUCAAAUGUAGUGCAUUAUAUAGGGAAUAGGGUGACAUUGUGGACAUAACCCUUGUGCUCUUAACACAAUAAUGGCUUUGUCUCUGUUGAGGAAAUCUAACCACACAACACUAGCUACAGGAUCUACAGCCCCCUUUAAUUACCCAGCAUGCAUCAUUCUCCUUCACUAAAUAAGGCCUUUUGUUUUGGGUCCUCCUGUACCUCUGUUUGUUGACGUCUGUACUUAUCUCUCUUUGUAAUUUGCUGCGUCACUGUUGAUUGUCAUAUUCUUUGUUGUUCUGUUUGUGAAUAGUGAUGAUGGGAGCCAUUUUGUGCCUUGUGUUUCUUGCAGAGGUUCCUGCGGUGAGGCUGAUGUGGGGAAACUGUACGUGUGGCUCCACCGUCUUGGACCCUGAUUUAGACUUGUAGUGCUGGAGCAACAGUUAUGGCUCAGUGUCAGUCAUAAACAUAGCAAAAUUGCAAUAGUUAAUUUUUAAAUCACAAGUAUUUAACUGUUAUUCAAACAAUGGUUAUGAACCAUUAAUCAAUUUAGAGAUGUUUAUGAUGCCAGUAAACCUGUAUAUUGCAGGUUGUUUUUAUUUCAUAUUGUGUGCUAUGCAUUUCAUCUCUGUUCCACUGUUGCAAAUGGAUCCUAACCUCAAUGAAAGACUGAGUACCAUGCAUUUGUAUUAUUCCUAGGCAUUUCCUAAAGGAGUACAACUGUUUUGUAAUGUAACAAACGUGCCUUUUGUUGUUGAACUAGAUGUUAUACUGAUUAUGU